AUGGCUGAAGUAGACUCUCACGUUGAUAAGCGGAAGAAGGAGGAGGCGAAUGACCUUGUACAAAAAUCUGCUCUCGGGAAUAGCGUGCACUUCACGCCGAAUUCAACUUGGAGAAAUUCAAAGCCUAUCUCCGCCACGAUCAGUUCGUCCAUGGCAGUCUUUCUCGACCGCGAUAUAUUGUUAGGUGGCGAGGAUCCCACCUUGAAAGAACAGCCCCAAUCCCAUCGCCUCGACCCCAACCUACUUUGCCCUCGUAACACCACCGAGCGCCCCCUCUCGGACGUCCUCAAUCUCCUCGCCUUCACCUUGAAGAAGAUCAACGUCUACCUCCACCAUGACAAGUUCAUCCAAGGCGUCAUGCGAUCUUACGACAACUGCGUGCUUACUCGAAAGCACAUGCCCGCCUCUGCCUCCCCGAAAAAAUUCCUUCCAGCCAGACCAAGAGCUGUCGUUGCUGGCGGACACCUUCCCGCCUUCUUCUUUACGAUAAAUCUGGCUCUGGUGGCUACGAUAAAUCUGGUCCGGGUGGAUAUGACGAUGCUCCACCCCGCAACGGAAACUAUGCUGGUGACGAGAACCUCAAGCCCUGGCAGCGUAGCCCAGCUGGCGCUGCGGCUUCCUGGGCGCAGCAGCGCGGCCGAGAUGACCGAGACGGUGGUUCCUCAGGCGCAUUUUCUCCUUGGGCAGCUGAAGCAGGAGGUGGCGGAAACAACUACGGCUACAACAACUACAGUGCGGCUCUGGAAGAUCCUCCUGGUGCGAAUCCUUAGCAGCAACCGGCUGCACCUCCAGGAAAUCAACAGUACGGAUAUAGAGGCUACGGCGCGACUUUGUACGAUCAGCAAGCCCCUAGUUACGGCUAAGCCCCUGGAAUGGGUGCUCCCGCGGGUAUGGCUCCACCGCCUGGACUCGAGGCUUUCUUCCAGAACUCCGGCAGUGCGACUAGCCCGCCUCUUCCACAGCUGCCCGGAAAGGCUCUUCGUGGAUUAUACCGGAGAGGACAGUCCAAGAUCUGUUGUUUACUGCAGCCGCAGCCCAGUUGCCAUUGCUAGCAGCGUCAAGAGGAUCACCAAGGCUGCUGGAAAGCACAAUGUCCUCACAGUCCGCCCGGAGCUAGCGAGAGCAAGAUAUGCUAUUCCCGGAGACCUUAACAUCGGAUCUUUUUGCAGUGUGCUUGACCCCCUGACAUGGGAGCAUGUCCACGAUGCCGGACCCUUCCGAGACGCCGUCAACCGUGUUGGCCAGUUUGCCGUGUGCUUGACCACCCUGACAUGGGAGCGUGUCCGCAAUGCCGGAUCCUAUCGAGACGCCGUCAACCGUGUUGGCCAGUUUGCCGUGUGCUUGACCACCCUGACACGGGAGCAUGUCCGCAGUGAUGGGUCCUUCCGAGACGCCGUCAACCGUGUUGACCAGUUCGCCCAAGAGCAUCUAACGCCGAAGAACCUCGAGUUCGCGUUUGACGCGAUAGACGGAUGUACCUUGAGACACGUAGAUCAUCCGUGGAUGGAAUAUGGCGAUACAGGCGAGAUCGAUCUUCAAAAGGAUGACACCCCGGCGGGCCGGAAGGAUGCUGACGUCGGAGGCGUCUUCUCCCCACACAAGAUCAUGUCGAUGCGGAUAACUUCUCGCAUGGAUCUGUAUCUGUGUCCAAGUGCGACCGUUGAAAGACAAUGGCACACUUCACACCAGCCCGAGCGCAAACAGUUGCACCGCGAGUUGCAACCAGGCGUCUGA